UUUAAUCCAUGCAAUUCUCUUUAACACUAUAGUCUCAAUUGAAUCUCAAAUCGUGCCAUCACCUGGAGAUAAACUCGGAUGGAAAGGUCCUUUAUUGUAUAUAGAAACAAUUAUUCCAAUGUUGUUUUUAAUUCAAGAAUUAAGACAAAUGUCUGGUAGAUGGCAAAAUUAUUGGUCUAGCUUUUUUAAUUAUUUUGAUUUAGCAAGCUUUGUUUUACCUCUUGUGUGCGAUUUAAUGGUUAUUGUGGGAAAAGAGCCACCGCAUAGUUUGAAAAGCUAUGCGGUUCUAUGUGUAUGGAUCAAUACGUUGCUACAAGCUCGGGCAUUCGCUGGACCCGGAAAAUUCAUUGCAAUCGUAAUCGAAAUUGGAAAGAAGAUUAUUACAUUAUUUGUAACGUUAUUCGUUUUUAUUCUGGGUUUUGCAAAUGCAUUAUUUGUACUCUUACGUGAUAUACAACCUUUGGAUAUAGUUCAAGAAUAUAAUGGGAAUAUAAUUGAUCAAAAUACUGGUCAAAUAACUGCGAACGUAUCAUUAUUUCAAACGCCCCAAGAAAAUACAAAUAUGUGGGAAAGAUUCGAUUAUUCAAUCUUGGCUACUUAUUUUUUCCUGGGAAUUGGAUGGGACAGUGUAACAACUUUUAAUCCAGAUCCCGCUUUGUACGCCAUGAUGGUAUUAUUCAGUUUCGUAGCUGUAAUCAUACUUCUAAAUAUUCUCAUCGGUUUAAUCACCGAGGUAUUUAGUGGGUCACUUCUAGUGGGACGACAAGCAUGGUUACGACAACGAGCAGAAUUAAUAGCAGAACUUGAACUCUUUAUGCUUUCACCAUCACAACGCCAGCAUCCAGAUUGGUUUCCUCAUUUAAUUUAUUAUGAAGCUCACUUAGAUACAAUAAAUAGUUGGAAAAGGAAAUUAUUUAUGGAAGAAAUGGGAGAAUUAGAUGCUGAUUUUGUUAGAAAAGAAUUAAAAAUUGUUAAAGAUGAAUUACAUGAUGAAUUAAAAGAAUUAAAGGGAAUGGUCGGACAUAUUAGACUUUCCGUAAGAAAUCCUUUUGAUGGUGGUAAUAUUGGACAUGAUAGAUCGGGUAGAAGUAGUAUGGUUUCUGUAUAAAAAAAAGUGAUUUUUUUUCUUUUUUAAAAAAAA